CAAAUGCGUAUUCGCUUGAAAGUUGUUUUGUGUAAAUAAAAGUCUGUCGAAUAGAUGAUGAGUCACAAAUUUCGUUUUCGCCAAAUUUUAAGCGUAUUUUACCUCUCAUCAUCCGCACUGCGAAGCGUGCAUAAACACUUUAGUAUUUGUGUUCUUUAACUUUUGACUGCCGACAAUCGAAACUUUGACCAACGACCAAAUAUUUCCAGUGUUUUAAGUUGUAUUUUCAUCCCCAAUAAGUCCUCCAAGUAGUAUUGUUUUGUUAAUUUUAUCCCGCCCUAAUGCACAGCUUCAGUAGCAUGUUUAACAAAAAGCAGCAAGACAGCAGCGAUACAAGGCGAAUACCGCACGGUUCACCCACCGCUAGUUCCUCACAGACGAAUGGGAUAAUCCGACCAGCAUACGUCAUUGAACGGUACGCCGCGUACUAUCCGAUGAACCAUAAACGGCGGGGCAUGGCCCUGCUGUUCUCGCACAACAAGUACAAUGUACGCAAUGUGCCGCUUCCAGUACGCGAAGGAAGUGCCGUAGAUUGCAAACGACUGAAAGAAACGCUAGACUUAUUCGGGUUCGAUGUGAAGGUUUAUCAGGAUUUUAAGUUGGAGGAAAUCAAAGGCGUUGUAGAGACGGUUUCUGCAUUGGAUCACAAGGAUAACGACUGCAUCCUAAUAGCCGUGCUUACGCACGGCGAGGAAGGUGAUUACGUGUACGCUCACGAUGUUUCGUACGAACUCUCCACUAUCUGGAGUCACUUCACUGCCGACAACUGUCCAUCCCUGGCGGGACGUCCGAAAAUAUUUCUCGUACAAGCUUGCCGUGGCAGUAAGCUAGACAACGGAGUAAAAGUACAGAAGGACGGUGUCGCACGGUACAGCAUCCCGACGCAUGCCGAUUUUCUGUUUGCAUACGCAACCAUCCCUGGCUUUAUGGCCUUCCGGAAUACAACCGAGGGAUCGUGGUUUAUUAACGAACUAUGCAAGGAGAUGCAGGAAAACGGGCACAAGUACGAUCUUGUCACACUGCUCACGUUCGUUACGCAGAAGGUAGCGUACGAUCAUGAAUCCGUGUCCAAUCUUCCGGAGUUUAAUAUGCGCAAACAGACACCGUGCGUCGUGUCCAUGCUGACCCGUUUGCUGUUGUUCAACCAGGUUUAACGAAGCAAUUCCUUUCACGCAACCAUUUUAGUCAUCAAUCUCGGUUGGUUGUAUGUUAGCUGAUGCGGGAAUGCAUGCCCAAGGCAGUUUUUACUAAUUUUAACCUUCUACCUCAUGUGGUUUUGUCUCUAGUUUAAUCAGUUCGAAUAAGAAAUAUUUUUUAUGUAAGGUUACCAGUCAACAAAUUAACACGUUUAUUCGGUUGGGCAAUGACACCAAAUAUGUUUACGUGAAACAUAAUUUCGUUAUACGAACUUUACAAAACAGCACCACCGAUGGACACUCUUUACAAAACAUUCGGAACGAAAGUAUAAUUGCAUAUUCGAUAUAAAAAAGCAAAUAACAAAAAUCUCUAAAUUAUUUUUAAAAAAUCGUAUUGAACAACGAUUUAAAUCAAUAAUUUAUUCUUAAAACUUUUUACUAUGUACAACACUGAUGAAAAGCAAUAAUAAAGCACGUAAAAUUUUAACCAAAA